UUCUGUUUGGGAGUCGGAUGUCUAGGGUUCAACACCAGUUGUUCCCCAGGCCUUUGCCCAACUUGAGGUCUAAGUAUCAGCGGGAUGUUCCCUCGCACACGCAUACAUCUCGGACACCCCAGUGUGUUAGGGAAGCGGACAGAUUUGAAGAAGUUGACGGACCUGGGUGUUUGACUUAAUUCUUAAAGGGAUAAGGGUACCGUAGCGGUGGAGAUAGAGGUCCCCAGUUGGGCUUUUGGAAACGGGAUCUCGCGCCCUGCCGCGGGGGAGAUAACUUUCCGAUCUUUAAAGCACCGAAAGGAGGAAAACAAACCAAGAUCCGUCCAGCCAACUAGGCUAGGGGACUUGGAAAGGUAACUGCGUUCAGGGUGCUGGGGGCGGGGGUGGUGCAAACAGGUCGAGGUUCAGUUUGGGAGUUAGCGUAGAAAGCAAGAGGGUAUCCUACGUAGUGUGUUCUAAGGGACUGAGAAGGAACAUUGUCACAGCUGAUCUCAAAUAUGACUCUCACCCUGAAAUAAAUGAAAACCGAGGAGGGGAAAAACUAGGCAAACGGGAAAGUAGAAAGGGAGGCGAAUGGGUGGCGGGGUGGCGGGGUGGCGGGGCGGCGGGGGUAGGGAGGAAUCGGCCCAAGCCAGUGGCGCAAAAGAGGAUGACGUCUCAGCCAAUGGAUAGCCAGCGCGGGACUUUCAAGUAUUGUCCCGCCCAACUGGGAAAAGACUGCCUAUAAAGACUGCUGCAGCGGCCGCACCCCUGGUUACUCUUCCUGCGCGGCGCUGGUCCCGUAAGUUCGCCUCUUGGUUCGCUAUGGCUCGUACAAAGCAGACUGCCCGCAAGUCGACCGGUGGCAAGGCCCCGCGGAAGCAGCUGGCCACCAAGGCGGCUCGCAAGAGCGCGCCGGCCACGGGCGGCGUCAAGAAGCCGCAUCGCUACCGGCCAGGUACCGUGGCCCUGCGGGAGAUCCGGCGCUACCAGAAGUCGACCGAGCUGCUGAUCCGCAAGCUGCCGUUCCAGCGGCUGGUGCGCGAGAUCGCGCAGGACUUUAAGACCGAUCUGCGCUUCCAGAGCUCGGCCGUGAUGGCGCUGCAGGAGGCGAGCGAGGCCUACCUGGUGGGGCUGUUUGAAGACACGAACCUGUGCGCCAUCCACGCCAAGCGCGUGACCAUCAUGCCCAAAGACAUCCAGCUGGCUCGCCGCAUCCGCGGGGAGCGGGCUUAAGAAGUGUGCGCUGUGCUCGAGGUUCCAUCAAAUCCAAAGGCUCUUUUCAGAGCCA